GGAGAAUCGUGCCUUUGCCGAGCUCUUCCUGGUCCCUGAAGGCUCCAGGCUGGUAGGGCCCAGCGCAGGCAUAUGUUAGUUGGGUUGCAGCUAUGGAUAGACUUCAUAGGCAUGUGUCUUCCCGCUUGGACAUCCUCUCCGUAGAGAACCAGUGCCUGGCCAUGCUCCCUGACGUUCAGCCCAUGGAGAAAUCAUAUGAGCAUAUGUCUGUUCCCCCAGACAUCCUCUCCUUGGAGAACCGGUGUCUGGCCAUGCUGUCUGACUUCCAGCCCAUGGAGAAACUAAGUGGACAAACAUCUGGUCACCCAGACAUUCUCUCCUUGGAGAACCAUUGCCUGGCCAUGCUCCCUGACUUCCAGGCCUUGAGGGAAAUACAUGGACAUUCCCUUGGUCACCCAGACAUCCUCUCCUUGGAGAACCGCUGUGUAGCCACUCUUCCUACCACAAAAAGCAUGGUGUCUGCCACCUCUUUGCACUCUUGUCUUCAGAUGUCUCACAUGCUGCAAGCUGAUUUGUACAACAUUGACAUCAGGAAUCACUUGCUGUCUGAGACUCCAAGCAGUAGGGUUCAGUGUCUUUCUGAGGGACUAGACCUUCCAACUUGUUCCAGGGCCCUGAAAUCCAUCUCUGCUACAAAGGGAGAUCAGGAAGCAACGUUGGGUGGCUGGUACUUUUCAGAAGUAAAGAAAUCUCUGGAAAAGCAGGAAGAGGCAGAGACCCAAAUGCCAUUAUAUUGUUUAAGCUUGGAAGAGGAGAAUAAAGAGGUGGAGGCACUGGCCCUGAAGCUUACCUCUGGAGACAAAGAAUCUCAUCCCGAGACAACCGACCAGGUCCUUCAGGAAAAGAAGAUGGCUCUAAUGAGCUUACUGUGUUCUGUCAUCGCCUCAAAUAUAAACAUGAAAGAUGCAUCUGACCCCACCCAGGCUGCUAUUUUUGAAGUCUGCAGUGAACUUGCCCCUUUGGAGCCCGAGUUCAUCCUCAAGGCAUCUUUGUACGCCAGGCAGCAACUGAACGUCCGAGAUGUGGCCAAUAAAGUCUUGGCCAUUGCUGCCUUCUUGCCAGCCUGCCGCCCCCACCUGCGACGGUAUUUCUGUGCCGUUGUCCGCCUACCUUCUGAUUGGAUCCAGGUAGCCGAGUUCUAUCAGACCUUGGUUAAUGGAGAUGAGAGAACGUUUGUGCCCCUGCCUGCCUGCCUCCGUGCUGCCCUGACCGACAAAUUUGCCCAGUUUGAUGAGUACCAGUUAGCUAAGUAUAAUCCGCGGAGGCACCGUGCCAAGAGAUGUCCCCGCCAGCCACCCCACCCUCCAAAGAUGGAGAAGCCAUUCUCUGAGAGAAAGGGAUGUUUUCCAAAGAGCCUUUGGCCUCUUAAAAAUGAACAGAUUAAGUUUGAGGCAGCUUACAAUGCAGUGCCAAAGAAAAGAAAUCAGCCAAGGUUUACCUUGAAGAAGUUGGUACAACAACUGCAUAUCCAUGAGCCUGCCCAGCAUGUCCAAGCCCUGCUGGGCUACAGGUAUCCCUCCAACCUAGAGCUCUUUUCUCGGAGUCACCUGCCUGAGCCCUGGGAUUCUAGCAGAGCUGGGCAGCGGAUGAAGCUACGUAGGCCAGAGACUUGGGAGCGGGAGCUGAGCCUACGGGGAAACAAAGCUUCUGUUUGGGAGGAACUCAUUGACAAUGGGAAGCUUCCCUUCAUGGCCAUGCUUCGGAACCUGCGCAGCCUGCUGUGUGUUGGAAUCAGUGCCCACCACCAUGAAGUCAUUCUCCAGAGACUCCAGCAUGCGAAGUCUGUUAUUCACAGUCGGCAGUUUCCGUUCAGAUUCCUGAAUGCUCAUGAUUCCAUCAAUAACCUGGAGGAUCAACUUAAAAAGAAAGCAUCACCCUUUCCUUCCAAUACACAAUUGAUGAGACGGAUAAUGACUAGAAACUCAAAAAAUGUCAAGAGACCUGCUAAUCUAAGGCAUCUUUGCAACUUGAGUCGUCGGCAGCUGCGGGCAGCAAUGGCAAUACCUGUGAUAUUCGAGCAGCUCAAACGGGAGAAGCUGAAGAUGCACAAGGCCAGGCAGAUGAAUUGUGAUGUUGAGGUGUUGGAGAGGUACCGCCAGGCUUUGGAGGUAGCUGUGAGCCUCUCUGUGAAGCACAGCCUGCCCCCUCUUCCAGGACGCACCCUCUUGGCCUAUCUGACAGAUUCUGGUGCAAACAGGCUCUGUCCAAAGAGCAACACACAAGGGCCACCCCUGAAUUAUGUGCUCCUGUUGCUGGGAAUGGUGAAGGCACGGGCGGAGCAGGUGGAUGUUCUGUUGUGCGGAAGGGGAACUCUGAAGAAGGCUGUGCUGGAGGCACAUGAAGGUAUCCUGAAGACUGCUACCAGGCUCCAGGCUCAAGUCCAGGAGUUGGAAGAAAAUGAUGAAUGGCCCCUGGAUACUUUUGGGAAGUACCUGCUAUCUCUAGCUGCUCAAAGGGUCCCUGUUGACAGGGUCAUCCUGUUUGGCCAAAGGAUGGAGACUGUAAUUCUAAACGUAGCCAAACAGAUUUUCUGGCGGCAUGUGAAUCCCAAGUGUCUCUUUGUUGGUGUCCUCCUUGGAAAAAUGCAUUAUGUAUCACCAAAUUUGAAUCCCAAUGAUGUGACACUCUCAGGCUGUACUGAUGGGAUACUGAAGUUCAUUGCAGAGCAUGGGACAUCCCAUCUUCUGGAACAUGUGGGCCAAAUAGAUAAAGUAUUCAAGAUUCCCCCAGCCUUAGGAAAGACACAGGUCCUGCCACUCAAGCCACUGGAAGAGGAGACCCCCAGCCCCUUGGUUUCUAUUUUGCACCAUAGAUGGUGCAGCAUCCGGCUUUUCAUUUCAUCUACUUUCCGAGACAUGCAUGGGGAGCGAGACCUGCUGCUGAGGUCUGUGCUGCCAGAACUGCAGGCCCGAGCAGCCCCCCACCAGAUCAGCCUUCGUGCCAUUGACCUGCGCUGGGGCAUCACCGAAGAGGAGACCCGUAGGAACAGACAGCUGGAAGUGUGCCUCGGGGAGGUGGAGAACUCGCAGCUGUUUGUGGGGAUCCUAGGCUCCCGCUAUGGCUAUACUCCCUGCAGCUAUGACCUGCCUUACCAUCCUCACUUCCACUGGGCCCAGGAUUACCCUUCAGGGCGCUCUGUGACAGAACUGGAGAUGAUGCAAUUCCUGAAUCAGAGAAAGCACCGGCAGCCCUCCGCCCCAGCUCUCAUCUACUUCCGAGAUUCUGGUUUCCUCAGUUCUGUGCCAGAUGCUUGGAGACCUGACUUCAUUUCUGAGUCUGAAGAGGCUGCACAUCGGGUCUCAGAACUGAAGAACUACCUGAGCGGACAGGAAGAGGUCAUCUGUCGAAGAUACUCCUGUGAAUGGGGAGGAGUAGCUGCUGGCCGGCCCUAUGUUGGGGGUCUGGAGGAAUUUGGGCAGUUGGUUCUCCAGGAUGUGUGGAAUUUGAUCCAGAAGCUUUACCUGCAGCCCAGGGCCCAGCUGGAGCAGCCAACACCCAUCUCAGAUGAUGACUUGAUCCAGGCCACCUUUCAGCAGCUGAAGAACCCACCAAGUCCUGCCCGGCCACGCCUGCUUCAGGACACAGUGCAGCGGCUGGUGCUGUCCCAUGGGACGCUGAUCCUGGUGACUGGGCAAGCAGGACAGGGAAAGACUGCCUUCCUGGCAUCCCUUGUGUCAGCUCUGCAGGAUCCUCAUCAGGCCAAGGUGACCCCCUUAGUUUUCUUCCACUUUGCAGCAGCCCGCCCUGACCAGAAUCUUGCCUUCAACCUUCUCAGACGCCUCUGUGCCCACCUGCAUCAAAAUACACAGGAGCUCAGUCCUCUCCCCACUACUUACAGAGGCCUUGUGUGGGAGCUACAGCAGAGACUGCUGCCCAAGUCUGUGCAGUGCCUGCAACCUCACCAGACCCUGGUUCUGAUCGUCGAUGGGGCUGAUCGGUUGGUGGACCAGAAUGGGCAGCUGAUCUCAGAUUGGAUCCCCAAGUCCCUUCCCCGGCGAGUACACUUGGUGCUGAGUGUGUCUAGUGACUCAGGGCUGGGAGAGACCCUUGAGCAGAGCCAAGGUGCCCAUGUGGUGACCCUGGGUCCUCUGGACUCAUCUGCCCGGGCCCGGCUGGUGAGAGAAGAACUAGCACUGUAUGGGAAGCGAUUGGAGGAGUCGCCUUUUAAUAACCAGAUGCGGCUGCUGCUGGUGAAGCAGGGCUCGGGGCUCCCACUGUACCUGCGCCUUGCCACUGACCACCUGCGGCUCUUCACGCUCUAUGAACAGGUGUCAGAAAAAUUGCUGGCCCUACCUGCCACUGUCCCCCUGAUGUUGCAGCACAUCCUGAACACUUUGGAGCAAGAGCACGGUCACGAUGUCCUUCCUCAAGCCUUGGCCACCCUUGAGGUCACACGUAGUGGUCUGACUGUGGACCAGCUGCAUGCAGUGCUGAGUGCGUGGCAGAUUCUGCCCAAGGGGACUAAGAGCUGGGAAGAAGCACUGGCUGCUGGUAACAGGGGAGUUGCUUACCCCAUGGGCCCAUUUGUCUACCUUGUCCAGAGUCUGCGCAGUUUGCUAGGGGAGGGCCCUCUUGAGCGCCCUGGUGCCUGUCUCUGCCUCCCUGAAGGCCCGCUGAAGAAAGCAGCUAAACACCGUUACGGGAGGAGGCUGGGGCUUCAGAACACAGCGCACCUCCUCACUGCAGCUCAGUUCUGGAAGACCUGUGACCCGGAUGCCUCAGGCACCUUCAGACGUUGCCCUCCUGAGGCUCUAAGAGACUUGCCAUACCACCUGUUCCACAGUGGUCACCGUGGCCUCCUUGCAAAGUUCCUCACCAAUAUCCAUGUGGUGGCAGCAUACCUGGAAGUGGGUCUGGUUUCCCAGCUCUUGGAGGCUCAUGCCCUCUAUGCUUCUUCAAAACCUGAAGAGAGCGAACAGCUCCCUGAGGCUGAGGUUGCAGUAUUCCGCACCUUCUUGAAACAGCAAGCUUCAAUCCUCAGCCAGUACCCUCUUCUCCUGCUUCAGCAGGCUGCCAACCAGCCUCUGGAGUCCCCUCUUUGCUGUCAAGCCCCUCUGCUUGCCCAGCGAUGGCACCUUCAGCACAUACUGCGAUGGAUUAAUAAACCCCAGACCUUGGGAGAUCAGCAAAGCUCUAAUUUGUCACUGGCAAUUUCCUCUUCCCCAACUACUGUGGCUUUCUCCCCUAAUGAGCAAAGAGGAGCUGUGGGCACUGCCAAUGGGACAAUUUACCUUUUGGACCUGAGAACUUGGAAGGAGGAGAAGUCUCUGGUGAGUGGCUGUGAUGGGAUUUCCUCUUUUGCCUUCCUCUCGGACAACACACUUUUCCUUACUGGCUUUGAUGGACUCCUAGAGCUCUGGGACCUACAACAUGGCUGUCGGGUGCUACAGACCAAGGCCCAUCAGUAUCAAAUCACUGGUUGCUGCUUGAGCCCAGAUCGCCGGCUGCUAGCCACUGUGUGCUUGGGAGGAUGCCUGAAGCUUUGGGACACAGUCUCUUGUCAGCUGGCCUUCCAGCACACCUAUCCCAAGCCCCUGAACUGCAUUGCUUUCCACCCAGAGGGGCAGGUGGUGGCCAUGGGCAGCUGGGCUGGCAGCAUUAGCUUCUUCCAGACAGAUGGACUCACAGUCCUCAAGGAACUGGGAGCCCCGGGGCUCUCUGUCCGUACCUUGGCAUUCAAAGUGUCUGGGCAGGCAGUAGCUGUAGCCAGGGUAGAUGGCACAGUGGAGCUAUGGGCCUGGCGAGAGAGCACGCGGCUGGCUGCCUUCUCUGCUCACUGUGGCUUUGUUACUGCUGCGAUCUUCCUGCGCUCUGGACGCCAGUUCCUGACAGCUGGAGAAGAUGGCAAGGUUCAGGUGUGGGCAGGGUCUCUUGGCAGGCCCCGUGGUUGCCUGGGCUCCCUUCCUCUCUCUCCUGCCCUCUCUGUGGCUCUUAGCCCAGAGGGUAACCAGGUGGCUGUUGGCUACCGAGCAGAUGGCAUAAGGAUCUACAAAAUCUCAGGUUCCCAGGUGAUUCACUGUCAAGUGCUAGAUAGGGCAGUGUCUGCACUGGCCUGGCUAAACCCCACUGUGUUGGUGAGUGGUGCAGAAGAUGGGUCACUGCAGGGCUGGCUGCUCACAGAAAGCUCCCUUCAGUCUCUCUGGCUCCUGUCCAGAUAUCAGAAGCCUAUUCUGGGACUGGCCACCUCCCAGGAACUCUUGGCUUCUGCCUCAGAGGAUUUUGUAGUACGCCUGUGGCCAACACAAUUACUGACACAGCCGCAUGAGGCAAAAGACUUUCCCUGUGUUGCUGAGCUCCGGGGACAUGAGGGUCCUGUAAGCUGCUGUAGCUUCAGCCUUGAUGGAGGCAUCCUGGCCACUGGGGGCAGGGAUCAGAAUCUUCUCUGCUGGGAUGUGAGGACACCCCAAAACCCUCUUCUGAUUCACUCCUUCUUUGCCUGUCACCACGACUGGGUCACUGGCUGUGCCUGGACCAAGGACAACCUACUGAUCUCCUGCUCUAGUGAUGGCUCUGUGAGGCUCUGGGACCCAGAGAUGGGACAGCAGCAUGGCCAAUUCUUGGGUCAUCAGGAUGCUGUGAGCGCCGUGCUGGCUGUGGAGGAACAUGUGGUAUCUGUGGGCCGGGAUGGGACCUUGAAAGUGUGGGACCAUCAGGGUGUGGAGCUGACCAGCAUCCCAGCUCAUUCAGGACCCAUCAGCCACUGUGCAGCUGCCCUGGAGCCCCGCCAAGUUGGACAACCUGGAUCAGAGCUUCUAGUGGUGACCGUUGGAGUGGAUGGGGCCACACGCUUGUGGCAUCCCCUCUUGAUGUGCCAAACACACACCUUCCUAGGACACAGUGGCCCAGUUAGUGCAGCUGCUACCUCGGAGACCUCAGGCCUCCUGCUGACUGCUUCACAGGAUAGUUCUGUGCGGCUCUGGCAGAUACCCAAGGAAUCAGAUGGUACAUACAUACCCAGGAGUUCUUCAGCCAUCACUGCUGUGGCCUGGGCACCAGAUGGUUCUGUGGCAGUCUCUGGCAACCAAGCUGGGGAACUAACACUGUGGCAUGAAGCCAAGGCUGUGGCCACAGCACAGGCUCCAGGCCACAUCAGUUCCCUGAUCUGGUACUCGUCACACACCUUUUUUGUUCUCAGUGCUGACAAAAACAUCAGUGAGUGGCAAGUGAAAUUGCUGGAAGGUUCAACAUCCAGAAACUUCAGUCUUCAUCUGAACCGAGUUCUUCAGGAGGACUUAGGGGUUCUGCUAGGCCUGGCUCUGGCCCCUGAUGGCCAGUCCCUAAUCUUGGUGAAAGAGGAUUUGGAAUUACUGCAGAUGAAGCCUGGAGAUGUUCCAUUUGUGAUCUGGAGGAGGUAUGCAGAACAUCUUUUGAUAUUGUCUACCAGUGAAUAUGGUGUAUUUUACCUACAGCCAGGAGAUCCUGGAUCUCUCUAUUUCUUGGAGCAGAAGGAAUCAGGAGAGUUUAAAGAGAGCCUGCACUUCAAGCUGAGCUUAGCGAAUCCUAGUAGAUUCCCAAUAUCGAUAACUCAGGCCAAACCUGACUCUGAGUCCUCCUUUCUGUGUGCUAGCUCUGAUGGAAUGCUCUGGAACUUGGCUGAAUGCACUCCAGAAGGAGAAUGGGCCAUAGGUAACAUCUGGCAGAAAAAAAGAAAAACACCUGAAACUCAGACUUUGGAGGCAGAUUCAUCUGUGUCUUUGGAGUUAGAUUUCAGCAUGGAGAGCUUGUCAGAACCCUCACAUUUAAAGACUCGUUAUCAUAAAAAGAUUCACUCGGGCUCCGUCACAGCCCUCCACGUGCUUCCUGAAUUGCUGGUGACAGCUUCAAAGGACAAAGAUGUUAAGCUAUGGGAGAGAUCCAGUAUGCAACUGCUGGGCCUGUUUCAGUGUGAAGGGGCAGUGAGCUGCCUAGAACCUUGGCUAGUGCCUAACUCUUCCCUGAAGCUCAUUGUGGGAGAUACCCAGGGAAAUAUAUACUUUCUGUCCUGGGAAUGAAAACGUGCUACUCAAGGGAAUGGCUGGAGAGAUAGCAGUUAUGGCAUUUGCCUGAAAAGCCAAAAGAUCCUUGGUCGCCUGUCCAGGACCCAUGUAAGC